CGGGCGGAGCGCGGAGGGCGGAAGCGCUGCGGCGGCAGCACAGAGGGUCCGGCGCCGCUCCCAGUCCUCGGCCUCCGCCGCACCCACCAUGGGCACCCGCGACGACGAGUACGAUUAUCUCUUCAAAGUUGUACUUAUUGGAGACUCUGGAGUAGGCAAGAGUAACCUUCUGUCUCGAUUCACUCGCAAUGAGUUUAACUUGGAAAGCAAAAGCACCAUUGGAGUAGAGUUUGCAACAAGAAGCAUUCAAGUUGAUGGCAAGACAAUAAAGGCUCAGAUAUGGGACACAGCAGGGCAGGAGCGAUACCGAGCUAUAACAUCAGCGUACUACCGUGGAGCUGUGGGGGCAUUGCUGGUGUAUGACAUAGCCAAGCACCUUACUUACGAGAACGUGGAGCGAUGGCUGAAAGAGCUGAGAGACCACGCUGACAGUAAUAUCGUCAUCAUGCUAGUGGGAAACAAGAGUGACCUGCGCCACCUGAGAGCAGUGCCUACAGAUGAGGCCAGAGCUUUUGCAGAGAAGAAUGGUUUGUCAUUUAUCGAGACAUCUGCUUUAGACUCUACAAACGUGGAAGCAGCUUUCCAGACUAUUCUGACAGCUCUGUGGUUUGGAAAUCCAGCUUUGAAAAUACAAAACCCCAAACAAAACCGACUUGAGCACAUCCUCUGCUCUCUGGAGCCUCAUUGCAAACGCUGGUCAGGCAGCAGCUGAGACUGCUGUGCUGGGUGUCAAGGUAGGCCUCCACCAAGAGUAUUCCUUCUCCAGCUGCCUUGCUCGUGGUAUUUCUGAGGUAAGUCUUUCCAUGUACAUAAAAUAUAUUUCUCCUGGCCCUACAAACUAAUUGCUUACAUCUCAAGUAAGGCUGUCCUGGGAACUGCAAUUGCUGUUGCUGAGCAGUCACUGCCCCCAUGCACACAUGCAGCGUUCGUGGAACUACCUACGUGCUACCCCACAGCAUGGAAAGCUGCAGCUCCAGAGGCCCAAGGGAGCUCUGGGCUCGGCCCCUGGUUGCACAGGGAGGGGGUUGGGGGCCAUCCCAGGCACUCAACAGGGCCUCAGCUCCUCCGGGAUGCUGCCAGGGGCUCCGAGUCCUGAGACAAGGGCUUGAGCCCAGCUGCAGGCACCCAGCUGAGCCCCUGUG